ACAGACAUUUAAUCCCAGGCGCAACCAAAAUACCAGUCGCUUGGGCUGCCUUGGAUGACAGCUCACAAAACAGAAUUGCGAUCGGGCCUUCUGCAUUCUGCUUUCGAAGAUUCUGCUAAAAGACGUUCCUCAACUAAAUCUGGGUUCCUUGAUCUUUCUACAGAAUAGUGGCCGAAGACGAUGAGGUCCGAUGGAGGCAGUGGAGGACAAAACCGAAGAUCCUAGCAUCCAGGAUGAUGACGUCCAUGUAGAAAUGAAUGGGCAGAAGAACGGCCCGGCCAGCAGAAUGAGGCAACUCAAGAAGAGAAUCUCAUUCAAAAACUUCAGAAGAUCUUUCAGUAAAGACAGCACCAUCACAGAAGAAGGAUGUCCGCAUGAGAAUGGCACCCUCUCCCCUAGUGAAGAGUCCAGACUCCCGCUCUCCCCCAACUCCAUCGCCAUCUUGGUGCAGGGCUGCGCAGACGCCGAGACCAAGGAAAAGGACAGACUAGAGGUGCACCCGACCAUCCGGCGGUACUGCUCAGCCAACGACGGCAUGUUGGUCCCCAACGACGACCUGCUGGUGGAGCUGGAGCGGACGCGCAGCAAGGAUGACUACGUCCGGCCCAGGCCAGUCAGCAUGAACUAUGCGUCAUGCUCCCCUUUUGGCAAGUUGGAAACUUACAAGAAAAUCGGUCCUCUAGGAGAGGGAUCAUACGCCAAAGUGUUUAAAGCGAUAAGCAGCGUCAACAAGCAGGUAGUUGCGCUGAAGGAGAUCCGUCUGCAGCAGGACGAGGGGGCGCCCUUCACUGCGAUCCGCGAGGCGUCGUUGCUCAAGGGCCUGAAGCACGCCAACAUCGUCUGUCUGCAUGACAUCAUCCACACGAAGACGACGCUAACGUUUGUCAUUGAGUAUGUGCACACCGACCUCAGCACCUACCUGGAGAAGCACCCGGGCGGGCUGAACCCCCACAACGUCCAGCUGUUUCUCUUCCAGCUGUUGCGGGGCCUGUCCUUCUGCCAUCAUCGGCGGAUACUCCAUCGAGACAUGAAGCCACAGAACAUCCUGAUCAGUGAGGUCGGGGAACUCAAGCUGGCAGACUUCGGUCUUGCCAGAGCCAAGUCCAUUCCCAGCAACACGUACUCUCAUGAAGUGGUCACGUUAUGGUACCGGCCGCCAGAUGUGCUGCUGGGGUCCACCAACUAUUCCACACAACUCGACAUCUGGGGUGUGGGUUGUAUAUUCGUUGAGAUGUUGAGGGGUCACCCAGCGUUUCCAGGAAUGAAAGAUUUCAAGGACCAGCUAGAGAGAAUAUUCAAGGUUUUGGGAACGCCAACUGAGGACACAUGGCCUGGUGUGUCAAGACUGCCAAACUACAAAACAGUUACAGCCAAAAUGCACCCGCCUAGGACACUGUGUGAAGUCAUACCAAGUUUGUGUGUCAGUUACGGCGGUGAUGAUCUUGCCAAAAAUCUCCUGCAGUUGGAUCCUAAGAGGAGAAUAUCCACCACAGAUGCCAUGAAGCAUCACUACUUCAGCAACCUGCCAGCUAAAAUACACGACCUUCCCGACAUUGCAUCCAUUUUCAACGUUCCUGGUGUCAAGUUGGAGCCGGAGAAGCCAACAAAAUGAGUGGACUUCUACCAACAGCCGAAGGCUUCAUGUAAGUCCCUCCCUGAUUGGUGGUUGUGAAUCAUCUAUAACCAAUCAUCCAACACCCACACGCCUGCUGCACUGUUGCCAAAACUUUAGUCUAAUGCCCAACUGAAGUUCCCGUCGGACUUACCUCUGCUUUGGAUCAUCAAAAUACAGCAGCUGGCCAGCCAGAAAGUUGACUUGAAGAACGGACAAAGGAGUUCACCCGAUGGACAUAUCCAGAUUGUUAGCAGCAAGUUAAUGAAGACAUCAUGCUUUACAACCACAUACUAAACCAUAAGAACCGUCCAUUUGUUCAAAAGUUCCAAUCUGUUGAAAUUCGGACAAAUCCACAGUAGUUAGAGUCAAACCAGCUUUUUUCCGGCAGAUUUUUGUUUGAAAAACAAUCUGCUCGAGUAGAUGUACGUUGAGCUUUAUACAUAUAGUGCCAUAGCAUUUUUGUAGAGAAUAUGGUGCCAACACGAUGACAUCUGAGUGAAAUUUAGGAAGGUUUCAAAAAUGAACGCUCGUGACUUGCAAUGCUGUGGAUUUCGCCUGCCAAUUAAGUUCAUUAUUGUUGUACUAAUAUACACUCUAACGACGCUUCGUUGUAAAUUAAUCUGUCAAUAACUUGUUUAUAACUACAGUUUGUUGCCAGCGCAAGGCCAAAGUCACCACUGUGUUUAUUUAUUAUUAAUUUUCUUUUGCACCUUUAAGUGAAAAGUAUGGAAGUACAGAUGUUUGUCAUAUUCCCCUGUUAAGAUAAUGAUGGGGGAGAACUAUGUGUGACACAAUAAGCAAGAACGGGCGAGAGCCAUGAGUCGACUUGUGGUUGGUUUGUGACCUAGCUUAUGCCUUCGCACGAAAUAGCAACGCCCGAACGCCUGUCAUCAAACGAUGGUCAAAAGUCCUGGCUCACCGUUGUGCGUUAUGAUGCGCGCGGCUAUUAAGGUAACCAGCGGUGCAACCAUGCUGCGGUUCCAAAAAGUCGUCUAGAGUAGGCCAAUCAUCCUUCGUUCGAGUGAAGUUAGUCGAACUGUGGUUAACUAUAGUUCGGGCCCGAUCUUGCUCUAAUAGAUAUCCAUGAAAAUAGCCUUCUUGGUUGCCAGGCAACCAUUGUACUAGAUAUGUUAAUAACAUAACUCUACUAGAGAACAUUUUAUUUUCACUCACAGUUAUUUUUGUGUACCAAAGAGACCAAAUCUGUGAUACGGUUUUCAAAACCUUUGCUUGAGAAUAAUUGUUACAUCUUUACUCCGGAUAUUUAUAGAUCUUUACUCGGAUACUGAAAUUUGUUUUUGAAAACUGAAGGUUUGCUCGACCAUCAAAGGAGCUAAAUUUACAUUGGAUUAUGAGUUGAGACAGUUUUGUGUUGUAAGACCAGGCCAUUAUUUGGUAGUCUGAACAAUAUGUGUGUUGCCAUUAUGCGAUACAACUUCAAACCAAAUCAUUGAUACGACAGUUUGCUUGAGAUUAGGUGGCAUACCACACCAGAAGUCAGUGCUGCUCAUUUCAAGGACUUACCGGUAUUUGAAGGGUGUGAAAUAUUUACCUCAUGCUAUUUGGACAUAAGGACAUAUUGACUAGCUAAUCUUCUGCAAAUAAUGUUGCGUAUUAGUCUACCUACAUGUAGUUGUGAUGUCUUCACCCCAGCUCGUUGUGACACUAUGAACUCAUCGAUAUUUCAAACUUGGUCGGCAAGUUCAAAUUUAGUCUCGAAUUUUAAAAGCAGGUAUCGGACACUGCAAACACUAUUAAUGAAACCGUUUCCUAAUUUGCACAAUUUAUGCAAGCUCCAGAAAUCCUAACUUGCAGAGUUGUUUUGCCUGUCGGUUUGAAAAUAAUAUACUAGUGUAAUGUGCUGGAGGAAAUAUUCAUUGUUCUAUUCAAGACAUUGGUUGCUGUGGAAUUCACAUGGGUAUGAUCAGUUUGCUGUUAACUUGGGAUAGCGCCCUCUGUUGACAGUUUUGAACAAUGGCAUAUGAACGGUCCUGGAGAGUGAAGCUGACAUGCGAAUCUGAGAACAAGCAUUGCCAUAGCAAUUGAUUAACUUAACAUACCAGUCGAUUUCCUGAUUUAUUUUUUUACCAAGUGGUCAAUUAAUCAAAAUCUUGCCAGAUCAGUGCUAGAAAUGUUCUGCGAAUGCUGUCAUUCAGUACUUAUGUACACUGAAAUUUUUGUUGGCUUAAUUUUAAUAGUGAAAGCAAAAUUUGGGUUCUAGGGGUUGGGUGAUGGUGGAGGCAUAUUUCUAUUAACUUAAACUGUAACUUAA